AUGGCAGCUACCAACCAUUCUUCCUGCCACCUUUUCCUCUUCUUCCUCCUCCCUUUCCUUGUAACUCAUCCUGCCCUUACCCAGGACGCAUCUGUCACCACGGUGACAGUAACUGAAGGUGACCAGUUUGUCGUCCCCACCACACUGGCCAACCAGACGACUCCCAGCUAUGUGGAGACCACUCAAAACACUCCUGCAGAGACAGGUCUGUCUACUCCCACCAGCGGCGGAGAUGCAGAUGACGAGGACGUCCCCCCAGCUGGUGGCACACGUUGCCAGGGUUACUACGAUGUGAUGGGCCAAUGGGACCCACCGUUCAACUGCAACGCCGGUGUCUUUCUGUACUGCUGUGGUACCUGCUUCUAUCGCUUCUGCUGCCAGUUCCGUCAGCAGCGGCUGGACCAGAGAAUCUGCUCCAACUACGACACGCCAAUCUGGGCCAACACCGGCAAGCCUGUGGCCACCAUCACCGAGGGCCAGGAGGACCAGGAACGGGACCGCACACACCUCAUUGUCUACAUCAUCUGUGGAGUGGUGGCCAUCAUGGUGCUGGUGGGCAUCUUCACCAAACUGGGCCUGGAGAAGAGUCGUGGAGGAAGUGGAGGAGGAGGAGGAGGAGGAGGAGGAGGAGGGUUGUUCUCCAGGACACUGACAGACCUGCUGAAGCAGCAGGGAGGUGAGGCGAGCACGGUGGAAAACGCCACGGCCAGUUCGCCCAGCGGAGGGAGAGCCAACGGCAUCUCGGCCAGGAUGCUGCGCAGCAGGAGUGAACAGUACCAUCUGAAUAACUCAGCUUACGGGCCGUUUGGACAAGGGCUUCCACACCCGCACAGCAACCACAGCACAGUGGGACUCAACAAAUAUACAUCCCUUAAAGCUGUGGCACACAGUGCAUCUCGUAGCUACUACAAGAGCUUCCCGCUAAUGGACUUCGCCCAGUACCAGCCUGUGGCACCUCCAGCCUUCCAGCCAGUGGCCGUACAGCCUAAAGAGAAGUCAUACAUCCACCAGCCUGUGUCGGCACACCACGACCUCCACGGCCCCCUCUCCAUCUCCAUCCCCUCCAGUCACCUGGAGCAAUCGCGCCUCCCCAAGACCACAACACACCCGCAGCUCUCCAGCUCGGCCUUCAAAGCCUGGGAGCCGACCGGCCGCCACAUCCACAGGCAGGCUUCUGCUCCGGGGCACGCCUCCUCCUCCAUGCACAGCUCAAGCCGGAGACAUGGUUACUCGACCCGGAGGCAGCAGAGCAUCGAAAACAUGCCAGAUCUCUUUAGCCAGCCUUAUGGGGGGAUGUAUGGAGGAGCUGGAGCAGGUGCAGGGCAGGGGCAGCAUGUACAGGGGCAGCAUGUACAGGGGCAGCAUGUACAUGGGCAACAUGUACAAGGGCAGCAUCCAUCUCAACCCCCCUACUACCACCACACUAGGCAGAAGAGCUACUCCACCCACAGUACGACUGAGGUGACCGUCUGA